AUGUUUCCUUGCGAUCGUUUUGGAGCUGUUCAUAUAAUUCGUGUUAUCAUCGAAAUCUUACUUAUUACAUUUUUACAUAUAUUUGGUUCAUGUCGAUUAGGUAUUAUAUUUGGUUUUAAUGAUACUAGUUCAAUCAUAUUUUCAAUUACAAUUAUUAUUAUGGCAUCAACGGAUAUCUAUUAUUUACUUUUAUCAUUAUUUACAUCGGAAACUCCACGACAUAGUGCAAUAUUUCAUAUUAUAUUCUAUAGUUGUAUGAGUUUGUUAGCAUUAAUAUGUUGUGUUUUUUCAAUUGUAGCAUAUAUAUAUUGUGUACAAAAUAAAUAUAAUCGUCUUUGUCCUUAUUAUACAUGUUCAAUCUUAUGGAUUAGUAUUACAUUAACAUUUCUAUUGACAAUUAUGUAUAGUGGUUCAACGAAAUUACUUUGUUGUUUUUUAGGACAAAAUUAA